AUGAAAGCCAAAAGACUUUCUAUUUUCCAUAAUGGAGACAGCCAGGAUGGAUACCUUAUGGAAACACAGAAUACCUCUCUUCUUUUUGACCCGCCUUCAGUGAUUUUAGACAAAAACAUUGAAAUAGGCAGCAUUUUAGACCGAAAGUACAUUGAAAUUGAAGUAAUCAAAGAAUACCCUCCAAACAUAGCUGGAAUCUUCAUUACAAAUAGCAAUGCACUUUCUGUAUUUUUUAUUGAAAGCAAUGUAACAAUAUACCUAACUGACUAUAUAUAUUUGCAGAUGAAAGAAAGACUAAAGUACUAUAGGUCCCUAGGCCCAGUCAGCCAGUGCACAUCUGCCCCGCAGGCACAUACAAAGAUAGUUUCUGUAGCAGAGUACAAGGACAUUUCAAAAAGGAUUAAGAUCAUUCGGAAUAACCAAAUAAUUAACUUCACAUAUCUAUCCAUUACUGCACGUGCUGCAGGAACAUCUCUUGGGUGGGUAAUGUAUGAUAUUGCACAAGGCAGAGAGAAAAUAUGUGCAUACACAUACGGUAUUCCCGGAGGAAGUUCUCUUUCGCAUGAAAUGAAGCCACAGAAUCAGCCAACUCCUCUAUUUGUCAACCAGUUUCGAGCUGCGAAUGCACUGACUAUUCAGGAUUUAUCAAAGGCAGUUACCACUCUAUCAAAUAGCAAAGAGUCUUUUGUGAUUACAAUGGACGUGCUGUCUCAUUCAGUAGAAAUGGCUCUUCAUAUUCUCAGCUUAGUCAAGACAAGAAAUAUAUACGUGGUGCACCCAGGAUUCAAGCGCAUUAUGCAGCUGUACGAAAUGAAGAGAGACGUCUUUGCUGAGAAGUUUGUUUCUGAGCCCUCUAUUAUAUCUACUCUCUUUACCACGCCAAGGCUCAAGCCAUCAAGCCUAUUCAAAGCAUCCAAGGCCAUGGCGAGUGAGAGCAUAAUUAUUCUGUGCGAGCCAACCUUCUACAAACUAUUCUAUAAAUCUAUGCCUGUCAUUCAUCUUUCAGACUACGGCAUAAAAUUCACAGGCUGCAUGGAAGAUGCACUGAAGCUGCCAUGGAUAUCCCAGCUCUGUCUUAACAAGCUAAAGAAAGAUUGUGCCAUAGAAGAGAAGAUUAGUGUCCCAGUUGAAGAUGUCACGGAAGAGGGCCUGCUUAUAGCCGAGAGUGCAUUGUUCAGCAUACACCUGCAUAACACGCAUAAUAUUAAUGUGGUUUCCAAGAGUAAGGAGGGCCUUUCACUGCACUUUGCAGGGGACUUCAAGAAAGAUUUAAUAGGACUUUCAUUGGAUUGUAAAGAGUCAAAACUGCAGAAUAUACUGUCCCACAAUGCAGCAAGCCGACUUGUAGUUAAUAGUACUUUGGUUUGUCCAGUUGAAGAUGCAGUUUUCAAGAUAAAGGAAGAGGGUGGGAUUGUUUCUGUAAAGAAAGAGCAGCUUCCAAGAAAUUAA